GUGUGUGUUUCUAUUAUGAACGCAUGAGUACGCAACCUUUUUUCAUCUAUCACUUUUUUCCUCUAGCUAUAAAUACAUCAUUUGGGACACCCACCUUAUUUGUGCAAAGCAUAAACUUGUAUCAAUAACUACACUUAUAGUAUAAGGAAACAAUAUAAUGGCGUCGGUGCAACAAUUAUCCGACAAGGAGAAAGCAGCAAUCGGAGAGGCAAUGAAGGAGGCAGAGUCGUUAAUGUUGGCAAAAAACAUGAAUGCAAAGGCGGCGUCGAAUCAAGAUGUUAAGGUUACGGUGAUUGGCGUUAUGAAGAAUCUCUGCUCUACCGAAAUUGAGCGUUUAGGAAAAGAAUGGAGUUGGGAUGGAAUAUUCCAAGAUCCACCUCCAAAGAAAAUUGAGGGAAAUGGUAUUGGUUCGUUUGCGUACACAAGUAAGCUUGGUCAGUACCAGUGCAGUGGUGCAUUCAAGUAUGGUUCUGUUUCUGGCACAAAGCCUCAACUUGGAUGGAUCUUGGCUUGGGAGAAGGGAUGGACCACAUUCGAUAUUGGAAAGGUGUACGUGGAAGCUGGGACUCUAGACAGGAUCAAUAAGCUAACAGAGAGUGACAUUAAAAAGAAACUUUAUGAAUCCGGCACUACAAGUCGAUACUGGGAUAACGACACAGGUGCCUCAGUCGUUGCUAAAAUCACUGAACGGACAAGUCCCUACGGGGCUUUGGUUGCUGUCAGCUUUGAUCAGUUCUAACUUCUAAGUGAAUUCAGACAAAAACUAAGACGUGAUUAAAUAAUCCGUUUUCUCUAUCAAACACCUAUUAUAUAUCAACCUAUUAUAUACUCGUACUACUACGUAUAAUAUGUACACAUGCAGUACACUAUAUAUAUAUAUAUAUAUAUAUAUAUAUAUAUAUAUUUUGCUAGAGUGCUAGCUUAAUAUAUAGUGGAAUAAAUAAACAACACCAUCCCCUUGGUUUUGUACUGCCGCAAGAUAUGAUGAUAUAUCAUAUAUUUAUUUAUCUAAUUUUAUCUAUCUUUA